CUUGUCGACGGGUUAGAGGAAUGUGAGUUUCGUAUAUUCAUUAAAAUAAAUCCAAGAAAAUCCUAACUAAAUAAGUGAUGAAUUAAAGAACGAUUAAUUAGUAUUAUCAAUUAUUAAUACCACUGCAACACGAUCCAUCCAAGAUGGGUAAGAUUAUGAAACCUGGUAAAGUGGUGCUGGUCCUGAGUGGCCGGUACGCGGGGCGUAAAGCUAUCGUCGUUAAGACCUAUGACGAGGGAACAGCUGAAAAGCCAUACGCUCACGCCUUUCUCGCCGGUAUUGAUAGAUACCCCAGGAAAGUUCACAAGAGGAUGGGCAAAAACAAAAUCCACAAGCGUUCCAAAGUCAAGCCUUUCGUCAAGGUCGUUAACUACAACCACCUGAUGCCCACUAGGUACUCCUUAGACAUCAGUUUUGAAAAGUUCAGUGCUAAGGACUUAAAAGACCCAGCAAAACGCAAGAAGCUACGCUUCAACACAAGAGUGCGCUUUGAAGAGAGAUACAAGAGUGGUAAGAACAAGUGGUUCUUCCAGAAGCUUAGGUUCUAAGGUGUACUUUAAAUAAAAUUGCAAAAACACAA